AUGUCUACAUCUAAGGUUGAAUCGUAUACGUCGGCUAGAAUUAUCGAUUUGUCAAAUAAUGCACAUAUUGCACGAAUACUUGAAAUAUUAGUUGAACGAAACAAACAAACAACAGUCAAACCUUGUCAAGUGAAUGAUAUUGUUACAGAUCUCACACGAGAACUGAAAAAUAAAAUUGAAAAUUUUGAAUUGAAACUGUUUGGCUCGUCAGCUAGUGGCCUCGCUAUUAAAUCUAGCGAUAUUGAUUUGUGUUUAGUUCAGGCAUUAAAAAAUAGUCAAUUACUCCAGACAUACGGUUUAAUCGACGAAAGAGUAAUAUCUCUUUGUAUUUUAGUCAAAUUACUGUCUAAAAAGUGGCUGUUUUGUACUGUGAAGAAUGACGAGAAAUCGACUAAGACAAGUCAAACUACAUCAAUAACUGAAAGACAAGAUGAACAAACCGAUCGAGAAUCAAGUGACUUAAAUAUGAAUGAUCUUCGUUCACGUCUCAAUCAACGUCGCGAAUUGUUCGUAUUUCGACCGUAUCAUCACGAUCCAAAUGUUUGCCAUAACAUUUUGCGAUCAACGUCGAAUGAACAAAGCAAGGUUGAAUUGUUUGAUCCUCAAGUUAAUGAGAAUAAUGUUCCCAUUUACAUCUCAAAUGUUAAUUAUUUGGUUAAAAGUGAGGAAAUAAAAGAAUACUGUGAAGAUAAUUACGGUCGUCUUCAUGAACGAAAUGGUAUUAUAAAAUAUAAUCAUGGUUUAUUUUUUAUCAAAUUCAAAUCAAAGAAAGCUGUUGAUGCAUUCAUGAAAGACAAGGAAAAACACAACAUCGGUGGGAGAAAAUGGUCUUGUAAACGAAUGUAUCCAAAAGAAACGCAUGAAAAAGAUAAAUGUCGUUAUCAAAUAUCGAAUUGUUUAUUGAUCACAUUUCUGACAUUCGAUGAAUACCAAGUCGUUGAUAUAUCCAUGAUGAAUGAAAUGCUAAAAUCACAAGGUCGAAUUGUCUCCAUAAAACGUAAUGAUCAAUUAUUAAACUUUAUCGUGGAAUUUGAUGAUUACGACGUGGUGGACAAGAUACUUAUUGAAAAUGAAGAACGAUGCAUAUUGUGUUUCAAAGUGAAAUUAGAAAAAUAUUUCGAAGAAAAUGACAGAGCGACCAAUAAUAUCAACAAUGUCAAAAAUGAGAUUUUAAAAAGCGAACUGCAUCGAGUACGAUUAGGUAACCACGAUUUACGUUCUCGUGUAAAGAAAUUAGAAGAAGAAUUACAUUAUCUUUCUUCAAAACGAUCGCACGAAGCGGGUGGUGAUCCUGGUUCGAAACGUAUAAAAAGUAAGACUUUCUAGUUUAUACUAUUCUUUGGAUUCCAACCAAAUCAUUCAUCUUCUAAUCCUAUUUUCAAUUUUAGAGUACUCACAUUUUCUAUAACCAGGUGUUACAAAUUUUUUUUUGUACUAUUAGUAUCUUGUUUUGCUGUUUGUUGUUGUUAGCUUUAGUACAAUAAAUAAAGUAAAAAAUACGUUUCUAUAUAUAAUUGCGGGGCAUGGAAAGUUUUACGACGUUUUGAUUUUAUCCAGAAAAGUUACAUCAAGCAUUUCGCACAUGAGUCGAGUAGAUCAAACAUUCGUCUUCAAAAUGACGAAAGAAUGAGCCUAAUUGGUUCAGUUUUGUCUGAGCAAUGUUCAUUUUACAAAUAGCCCCAAAAUACAGGUUGAAAAAGCUAAAAAAACGGUCAUAGGGCUUUUGCAAAAAACAUUACUGAAAACACAGAAAUAAUGAUAGAAAAUUCGCAUUACAGCUAAUCGGUAGAGAAUUUUAAGGGCUAGAUUUUGGCCUACUUGCUCUAGAUACAACGCAUAUGUGAAUAUCUGUGAUCUCUAUUAGAAGUGAAAGUGUAUAUCUCAAAUAUAUCUGUAAAUACAUCAGGAAUUUCUUUUUCUAUCUUAGCACUUCUCGGCGAAUAUGACGCACGUGUCAUCCGUCUUGUUGACCAUUAAUUAGACUAUGUACUUUUCACGCAUUAUUUCCUCUUUAAGAUGUGUCACUGGUCGAUGUUCUUGAGACAUUCUUGUCUCUUGCCAUUUCAGAGAAGAAUCUGUAAACUUGUCUGAGACUAAAAUCUGAUUUAAAGAUUUUGUUUCAGAAGAAAUUUAAAGAAGAAUUUUGUCUGAUCUAUCAGUGGUAGGUCAGAUAAGAUUCUAUUAAGUGUUCAUAUUUUUUUCGUGACUGAAAUAGCAAGGUUCGUUGACGAUGAAACCACCAACUUUUUUUGUCAAAUCUCGUGCUAUGUAUAUAUAUAUAUAUAUAACAUACAUGUAACACACAAUACUAUAGGUAAUGUUCAUUAAAAUUUUUUUAAAUCUUACAAGAUUCUCGUCGUGCGACAAUCCAGUCUUUAUGUGUCUGUAUUAGCAUCAGAGCGGCUAGCUCCCAUAUAUAUGAAAAGAAAACGCAAAAUGGAUUAUAUGUUGGUUUGUUUGCAAGAUUCUUUCAAGAAUUACAAGACAAGAUUCUUGAAGGAAAUCUAUGACAAGGUUUUUGACUGAAAUUUCUGUCUUGCGAUUUCAGCCAAAAAUCUUGAGAUAAAACCAUAUGUAAACUGUUUAAGAAGAUCCUUAGCUGAAAUGACAAGAGAUAGGAAUUUUGCAGAGCAUUGACAAGAAAGUCGAUCAGAUAUGCAGCAUUCACCGGAUAACGAAAGAAGAAAAAAAAAUAAACAGUUUUUUAAAUACAUGUGUUUUUUUUUUGUCAAAUUACUGUUUUAAACUGUGAUAUAUAUCAGAGAUUUAAUAAUAAAAAUGGGAAAACUUUUUGUUAAAAAUGUUUUCAUAAAACGGUGUGUAUAUUAUUCGUCAUAACUGAAUCCACAGUAGAGAUGAGACCGUGUUCGUAAGAAUUCACUAACGUACGCUAUAUAUAGUGACCAUUGACGUUUUUUCUUUCCUUUCUUUUCGUGUAUAGACACGCGACGAAAUGGAAAAGAAAAUAUCUUGUGGGGCUAUUCAUUUCUGUUUCGUUUUUACGAACUUUCAUUUAUCAUGAAAGUGUCUAGAUAUAUUUUAUAUUCUACCAGAGCCUUGAACAAGAAAAAAAAUGUCAUAAGUUAGAAGGAAAACAAAGCAUAACAUUUAAAACUAUUGUUACAUUUUUCUGGAUCCUGCUUCUCUCACUCUAGUUCCGUCAAAUAAAUUUUCUCGGAUAAAAUUUUUCUUCGGACUAAAUUUUCAGAUAGAUGACCAUUAAUUAGACUAUGUACUUUUCACGCAUUAUUUCAUCUUUGAGAUGUGUCACUGAUCGAUAUUCUUGCAAGAUUCUUGCCUCUUGCCAUUUCAGAGAAGAAUCUUUACAUUUGUUCCAGACAAAUUUAAAGAUUUUGUUUUAGAACUUUAAAGAAGAAUUUUGUCUGAUCUAUCACUGAUAGAUCAAACAAUAUUCUUCUUUGAACUUUUCAUCUUUUUUCGUGAAAGAUUCUUGUCUGAAAUAACAAGAUUCGUUGACGAUGAAACCACCAAUUUGUUUUGUCAAUUCCCGUACUAUAUAUAUAUAUAUAUAUAUAUAACUCAUAGUACUAUACAUACACUGUAAAGUCGGGAAUUAUUUAUAGAAAAUGCUCGGCGAUUUUCAAAAAGUCCAUAUAUGAAAUCCUCACGGAUUUUCUAGAUUAUAGAAAAUCGAAUUUCCAAUAAUGUAGAAAAUCGAUGUCGAUUUUCUACAUUCUUGGGAGUUAUUUAUAGAAAAUGCAGCUCGAUUUUCAAGAAAGCUGGGAAAUCGACAUCAAUUUUCUACAUUCUUGGGAAUUAUUUAUAGAAAAUCCUCAGGGAUUUUAUAUAUGGACUUUUCGAAAAUCAAAAAGUCGGAUUAUUUUCUACUUUCUAGAAAAUCGCUGAGGAUUUUCUAGAUGAGGAAGAACAAUUUGAGUGAGGAUGCUAAUAAUCAGUGACUUGCAAAGUGAAAAUGGCUGAUGAUAAACUUUUUCACCGUUAUUAAAAGCUAUUGAACUUCGAAGUUGAGUGGGGUGUAUUAUUUCAGCUUAUUGGAUGACAAUAUGGAUCUUUUAAUAAUGAAUACCAAAUUCGACAUUGAUCAUGUGUUGAAAGACUGUUAUUUUAUUUAGAAAAUAAAGAAAAUAAAUGUGAAUUGAUAGGAUCAUCUCUUUGAGUUAAUAGAACCAACUACAUUUUUGGAAGAUGCUAAAUUCAGACAUAAAAAUGAGGCCGAUUCGUCUUAGAAAAUCGAAUUCGAUUUUCCAACUAUUUAGAAAAUCGCUGUCGAAUUUCAAGAAUGUUGGGAAUUAUUUAUAGAAAAUCGAUUUUGAUUUUCUAGAAUCUGGAAAAUCGAG